AUGGGUCGAAAGCUAGGCCUUGUCCGGGCCUGUUAUCUGGCCUCGGCUAGUUGCAUGGGCUCUUUUGCUUUCGCCUUUGACACUGGUGUUAUUAGCGGUGUCCUUACACUCGAAUCGUUUCAGCGAGACUUUGGAUAUGGGGAAGCGCAGAAGACAACAGUCAACUCCAAUGCCGUCUCCAUCCUUCAAGCCGGCGCCUUUUUCGGCUGCUUCUUCACGACGCCCAUCGCAUCCCGACUUGGUCGUCGGACAGGCCUGAUUAUCAGUUCGCUCGUCUUCACAGUGGGAACAAUCUUGCAGAUUAUCAACGCCCAUACACUGGGCACAUUCUAUGCGGGUCGCGUAAUUGCCGGCCUGGGGAUCGGUGCUGCCACCGUGCUGAUCCCCAUGUACUCUGCCGAGAUGGCCCCAAAGGAGAUGCGUGGUCGGCUCGGUGCCUGCUUCCAAUUAUUUUUUGCCUUGGGCGUGAUGAUCGCGUACUGGGUCACCUUUGGCGUGUCACAGACGCAACCGAAUGAGACCAAGCAGUGGCAGAUUGCGUUGGGGCUGCAGCUGCUACCUUCGACUUUACUGCUGAUCGGGAUGACCACCGUCAAGGAAAGCGCCCGAUGGCUGGCAGUCAAGGGCAAGAGAGACAAGGCUUGGGAGUCUCUGAAAUGGGUUCGAGGUGGAGAUGAGACCCCAGAGCUGCAAGAGGAAUUCGAUGAGAUUUUGGCAGGUAUCGAAGAGGAGGCCCGUGUUAGAGAGAGCUUCACCUGGCGUGAGCUUCUUCUGCCAGCAAACCGAUAUCGAAUCUUCAUCGCCAUCACGUGCCAGUUAUGCGCACAACUCUCCGGAAACACUAGUUUGGCUUACUACGCCACCCAAAUCUUCUCUGCAGUGGGCGCCGGGAGCUCUUCAAAGCUAGUGACAGGCUUCUUCGGCGUGGUGAAGGUAGUUGGUGUCAGCAUCUUCCAAUUAUUUGUCAUCGACAGAAUUGGGCGAAGGGUGCCAUUCAUGGCCGGCGCAGCAGCAAUGGGCUCAUUCAUGCUAAUAAUCGCUUGCGUGCUAGCGACUCACCCAACAAGUUCAGGUGGAGAAAGCUCCGGAGCGACGUCAGCAGGAAUCGCCAUGAUAAUCAUGGUUUAUGCCGAGGCAUUCAGCUUCAACAUGUCCUGGGGUGCGCUUCCGUGGUUAUACAUUGGCGAAAUCUUCUCGAGCCGGCUUCGAGAAGUCGGUGUGACCGUGGGGGCUGCAUCGCAGUGGCUGUUCAACUUCAUGAUGUCCCAGGUGACACCCCACGCAAUUGAAAAUAUCGGGUGGAGGAUGUUCUUGAUGUUCGCGAUCUUCAAUUACGCGAUCGUGAUUUAUUCGUGGCUAUUCUUGAAAGAGACCUUGAAAGUCUCGCUGGAAGAAAUGCAGGAAGUAUUCGGAGCAGCCGCCCAGCACGACGGGAAGCCGACAACGGCCGAGGCGGAUGAAACUGCGACUGCGACCGCGACCAAGUAG